GCGUUCCUUUCGGGCGGUGGCGAUGCCGUCGGAGCGGUUCCGCCUGCAGACGGUGGAGGCCCUGCGGAGGAGCCGGAAAGGGCAGCUGCCUUACUGCCGAGACUGGCGCCCCGACCAGGAGGAACUUCUGGAAGAAUACAAAAGGCCUCCACAGCUGGCACCCUACCCUGGCUGGGUGCUGGAAAAAAUACUUUCCCAUUCUCCAAAGCCCACACCGUCUAAUGAGUCGACUCUCGUCCAUGGCUUGUCCUCCCUUUCGCUCGACACGCCGCCUGCCAACCAGCCGGUCUCCACACCCCUGUCGACAGAAGCCCCGAGUGAGACGCAGGAUCAUGAGGAAUGGAGAGGGUUGGAAGAAAACCACGACAAAGCCCAAACCGUGUGUCCGCUUUCCAAAGCCACAGCGGUAGAGGGCCUGAUUCGGCUGCAUGAGAAAAUCCAGACGUUGAAGUCUAAGGAGCAUAUCAAGGAGCGCUUGGAAUUGCAGGAGCUGGUGGUGAAGGCUGCCUCCGAGGAGGCGAGGGAGCUGCUGAAGCGCUUCGAUGAGCUGAAGGCACUCAAGCGGCACCAAGAAUGCCAGCACCUGCAGCAAGAGCUGGAGAACAGCUCCAGGGAAGCCCAGGGCCAACAGGAGAAGUUGAAAGAGGAGCACCGACGCAGAGCAAAGCUCUUGAACCGGAAGCUGCGCGAGGCCGAGGAGCAGCGCCAGCGGCAGGAAGAGCUGGACCGCCACCGCCGGGAGGAGAGCCAGGAACGCCUGCGCCGCCUCUACUCUAUCCAGGAGGAGGUUUUGCGCAUCCACCAGCAGAUGGGUCUCCAUUCCAGGCCCAAAGACUUGCCCGGGAUGGACCUCUCGCUCUACAGCACUCGGGCAAAUCAGAUCUGCGGGGAAGUCUCGGGGAUCGUUCAUCUGGCUAACGAGAGAGCGUUCCCCGCCGAGGCAGACGUGGUUGCAGCCAACCAGGCACUCCUGGAGAUGCAUCAUCUGGUUUCGAACAUGCAGCAAGAGAUUGCGCUGGCUGCGGAAGAGAAGAAGAGGCGCGAUGCGGAGUUGGCGGCGGCAGCCACAGCGGCGGAGGCGGCGGCGGCAACGGCAGCAGCAACAACAGCGGCGGAGCAACAGAAGAAGGAUAAACUGCAGAAACCGGAGCUGGCGAAAGCCCAGGUCCCAGAUCAUGGGCUUCAGCUGAAGGCGGAAGAACAGACCAUGCAGUGGUACGAGCAACUGCAGAAGGAGCGUGAGCAGUGCGUCGCUUCCUUUACUGAGCUGGCAAACAGCAAAGACAGUCAGGUGAAAAAGAUUAAAAUGGAUCUACAGAAAGCUGCUACCAUCCCUGUUAGCCAGAUUUCUACUAGAGCAGGUUCCCAGCUGAAAGAGAUAUUUGAAAAAAUCCACAGCCUCCUUUCUGGAAAGCCCGUUGCCUGUGGUGGCCACAACAUCUCCGUCACCCAACAUCCUGAAGGUCUCGAGUUUGCUUAUUUCAAACUGGCGGAAAAGUUUGUGAAACAAGGUGAGGAAGAAGUGGCCUCCCAUCACGAAGCUGCUUUCCCCAUCGCUGUGGUGGCUUCGGGUAUCUGGGAGCUGCACCCUCGGGUGGGCAGCCUGAUCUUAGCUCAUUUGCACAAGAAGUGUCCUUAUGCCGUCCCAUUCUAUCCGGCCCUGAAAGAAGGAACUUCCCUGGAGGAAUAUCAGAGGACGCUCGGGUACAAAGUGAAGGAUUCCACGGUGGAGGCUCAGGAUAAUUUCCUGAAACGGAUGUCCGGGAUGAUCCGCCUCUACGCCGCUAUCCUUCAGCUCCAGUGGCCUUACAGAGAGAAGCAAGGGACUCAUCCCCACGGGCUGCGCCACGCCUGGCGCUGGCUAGCGCAGAUGCUGAACAUGGAACCUUUGGCCGAUGUGACGGCCACCCUUCUGUUUGACUUCCUGGAGGUCUGUGGCCAUGCCCUGAUGAAGCAGUACCAGGCACAGUUUUGGAAAACAAUCCUUCUGAUUAAAGAGGAAUAUUUGCCAAGGAUUGAAGCCAUUACAAACGCCGGAGAAAUGGGUUCUCUCAUUCGAUUCAAGCAGUUUUUGGAGAAAUGUUUGCAACGGAAGGAAAUCCCCUUACCAAGAGGAUUCCUGCCGGCGUCCUUCUGGAGGUCAUGACUCGGCUACUCCCAUGGGAGCCUUCUUAGAAACUCAAGCGUGGCCUGGCUCCGUUUGAUCUUCACAGGCAAGGCUCUGAAGAAAGUGGAUUGGACAUUCGCCACCUUUCUGAUACCUCGGGGUGUCCCAUCGCCUUCACUCGCCUCUUGACUUGAAUCCUCAGCUCUGUAAAUGUCAGAGCCAGAGUAAUUCUGUUUAGUAAAUAUAUGUCAUGAAGUAUUUUACAAACUUUGGCUGCUGGGGUUUGGCUCUCUUAACCGCAGAAUCCUGUUUCUUGGUCUGUUAUUUGGUCUGGAGAGUCAUGAGAUUAUACCAUAAGGUCUCCCUUUUUGCUUUUGAUGAAUUUGAAAAGGCUUUAGUGCUUCGGGGAAUUGGCAGUUUCCCUGGAAAUUCAAAAAGUGGACACAGUCAGGAGGUUUCAGACUCAUCCCAGGUGGCGUUUCUCCACUUUGUGCUCUUCCUUUUAUCCCCCGAAAAGCCUUUUAAAGAAGAACUUUGCACGUGGUUGAAGAAAGAAGCUGCUCCUGUUCUUUGAUCAGUGAUAUUUUUGGAGAUGAGUGUGAUUCUGUGGUUUUAUUCAUGUCUUUGGUGUAGAGGGGUAAGAUCGCAUUAACCGUGCUUGAAAUUUCUUGGAAACCAGGGGCUUCCUCGUUUAUGCAGCUUUUAAAGAGGCAAUGUAAAAAGGGAGUUUAUUGUAUGCUAUUUUAUACAUUUAAUAAAGCAAGUCCAUCCUUCA